AGAGACGUAAACAGGAAGUGAACAGCAGCGUGAGAGCUGAAAGUCAACUGAAGGCAAGAUGUUAAGAAAAUAAGAACAUACAAUCUUUUCUUUUUUCCUUGUUCCUGAUGUUAUAUGUUUGGUUUUAGGAGUUUUAUUCCGUGGGAAGUUUCCAAGCUUGUAGCGAUGUUUCAGGCUGCAGCACAGACAGUCUUCGUUUCAUCAGCAGCAGCAUCAGUAUAUCGAAGUGUUUUCUUGGUGGGCUGUCGGCGGUACUGUAAGAAGAUCCCAACAAAACUUAGAAUAUCCGAGGCACUGUCAGGAGCUGAGCUGGGAGCAGAGGUGAAAGUUCAGGGAUGGGUACGGUCUGUCAGACCUCAGAAGAACAACAUCUUUCUCCACGUCAAUGAUGGAAGUUCUUUGCAGUCUCUGCAAAUUGUUGGUCAAGCAAAACUGAAUGAUCCGUUGCUAACCUUUGGCAGUGCUGUUGAAGUCACUGGUAUCCUGAAGAAGAGUCCUCAUCAAAAGCAGCCAGUUGAACUAGAGGCAGAACAAAUCCGAGUAGUUGGAGAAUGUAACCCUGUUGAUUUUCCAUUUAAAAUCAAGGACAGACACAGUCUUGAAUAUACGCGCCAGCUUCCUCAUCUCAGGUGUCGAACGAACGCCUUCAGUUCCCUGUUGAGGAUACGAAGUGAGGCCACCGCAGCAAUCCAUUCAUACUUUAAAAAUAAUGGGUUUGUACAGAUUCACACCCCUAUCAUCACCUCAAAUGAUUGUGAAGGAGCGGGAGAACUCUUUAAAGUGGAGCCAUCAGGUCCAGAUUUUUCGGACGAUGAGGAAUUUUUCUCUGUACCUGCGUUUCUGACUGUAUCAGGACAGCUUCAUUUAGAGGUGAUGUCAGGGGCUUUUUCCAGAGUCUACACAUUCGGGCCAACCUUUCGAGCCGAGAACUCCCAAAGCAGGCGCCACCUGGCUGAGUUUUUUAUGGUUGAGGCAGAAAUCUCCUUCACUGAGUCUUUGGAUGAUCUCACCAAGGUCAUGGAGGACAUGUUCAGGUCUGCCACCGAGCAUGUGAUGGCCCGCUGUGUAGAGGACGUGGAUUUGUUUCACCGACAUGUGACUCCAGGACACAGGGACGCCGUAGAGGCCAUGCUGAACAAGAGCUUCCCUGUGAUUACUUAUACUGAGGCUAUAGACAUCCUAAACCGCAGCUCGGAGAGAUUUACCUUCCCCACAGAUUGGGGCUGUGACCUAAUGACGGAGCAUGAGAAGCAUCUGGUAAAACAUUGUGGAAAUCUUCCGGUCUUCGUCACAGAUUAUCCCUAUGACCUGAAGCCUUUUUAUGCAAGAGAUAAUCAGGACCAUCCCAGGCACACAGCAGCUGCAGUGGACCUUCUUGUGCCAGGAGUUGGAGAGCUCUGCGGGGGCUCGCUAAGAGAGGAGAGGCUGAAUCUGCUCAUGGCUCGGCUGAAACAGGCUGGAUUAGAGGACACCUACAGCUGGUAUCUGGACUUAAGACGUUUCGGUUCCGUCCCCCAUGGAGGUUUUGGACUGGGAUUUGAACGAUACCUGCAGUGCAUUCUAGGAGUUGACAAUAUAAAAGAUGUGAUUCCUUUCCCAAGAUUUUCACAUUCAUGCAUGCUAUAGAGGUAUAUUAAAACAUCAGAGUCACUUUGUGUUUUGUUUAUUUUUACAUUAACAAUUUCAGAUUUUUUCCUAAAUUGUCCAAUGCCAAUAUUUUCCUUUCUAUUAAACAUUUUUUGUUUAA